AUGAGCGGUAUAUCAUCAGUGCUGGACAAGGGAAGCAUUCUACCAGUUGUUAGAGUUUGUUUCAGAGCACCAAACGGUCGAACACGCGAAGGAAAUGUCCUCAUCGACAGCGGCGCAGGUACCACAGUAAUUCGAAAGGAUUUUGCCCGAUCACUUGGUCUGCAAGGCAAACGAGAAAAAAUUGACCUAGCCCUUGUUGGAGGAGAAAGAGUUGAACAACCCCAAAGCAGAAGAGUGACCUUCUCAAUCUCAGCACUCAACGGAGCAGAAAAGCAGAGAAUAGAAGCCCACGAAAUCGAGAAACCGUUUUAA